AUGCUGUUUGUUUUUCAGCGUCAAGGAGCGUGUUCGGAUCCACCAACGUUACUUGAAAGGCUCACACCCACGUAUAUGGUGCAGAAUCUCGUGGUGGAAUGGAAGACGAGUAAUUCGGUUAAGCUGAGGUGGGAUUACAACGGCCCAGUUCAUGUCGGGUUUUAUUUGAACCAUACGGGAAAGAAGGAGUACUUCGAUCAUACGUUAGCGAUGAAAAGCAUGACAACACCUGGAUUUAAGCAUGAAUUGGAUGAGGGCAGUCGGGAAUAUCUCUGGACAAAUCUUCGCCCAUACAUGCAAUAUACGUUCCAUGUGGGUGUCCGGACUCUUCCGCCAGGUGCUCGCCAAUAUUGGCCCAAGGAAGUUGUGAUUGUCACCGAUCCCACGGGUCCUCCGUUCGUUUUCCCUCCCGAGUUGGACGAGGUAAUCUCGAAUGGAAUGGGUGGUCGACCAGGUCAAGUUGUGAUCAAACUGAGGCCUGCGUCCGAGGAAUAUGGACCAAUAUCUCAUUAUUGGUUGAUCAUAGUUCCUGGAAACUACUCCAAGGAUGACGUGGUGAAUAUGGGUUCAGCAGAGUUGGAAGCGGCGACGAUAGCCCGACGAAAAGCUCUUGGGAAACAGCUUAGCGUAUCUCCUACCAAGAAGGUGAAGAAGUCAGCUGCCGGUGAAGAGGAUAAGGUGCUCAGUCAUCCUCAACGAACUCGUCGAAGUGAAAUCCCCAUGACAGCCUACAUCGCGGCUCGAAUAGAAGCUGAUGAGAUGCGAAGAAUGUACUCGGAAGACAGGCAGUUUGUCGUCGGUGAUGACAAGGUUUGUUUUUUUCGCCCCUCCUUUCACUUUUUGCUCCUCUUCAAGUAA